AUGAAAAGAUCGACCGCGGUCUCGCUGUCGUUGUAUUCGUGGUUGUCGGUUGUCUCGUGGACGAUACCGGUCGACGAGGCUGCCCGAAUACUGGCCGUCGAAACGGUGGCGGCAAAGAGCCACUGGUACUUCAUGAGCUCGGUGCUCAGGUCGCUGACGGACGCCGGACACACGGUGACCGUUUUUACGCCGUUUCCUGACGGCGAUCGGGUCGACUACACGGAGGUGGAUACGUCCCGCGACUUCCCGAUGAAACUCGAAUUGGACGUGAUGGCGAUGAUCCAGGAAGCUAGAGAUCCGUUCAUGUUAUUGAACGCCAUGUCCGGAGGGAUCCGAUUCUACUGCGAUGCGGUCCACGGCAACCAGAAGCUGGCCGAUGUAAUGGCUUCCGAGGCAUGUGACCGGUACGACCUGCUCUUAAUCGAACCGCUGGCCUUCGACUGCGUUUCGUACCUGGCCGCGUCGCUAGGUCUGCCUGUGAUCUACUCGAUCCCGUCGCCGAUGAUGACUUUCGCCGAACGGCGGCUCACCGGUCACUUGUCCAACCCGGCUUGCGUGUCCAAUAUGUUGGCCAGCCACGCCGUGCCUGGCACGUUUGUCCAGAGGCUUACCAACACGGUGCUACUGACGUACAGCAUAGCCAGAACUAAGUACGACCAGCUGGUCACCUUCUUCACGGACCCGAGACCGUACGACCUGUCGCCGACCGUCAACCCGUCUAUAAUCUUCCAGAACAGUCAUUACGUUACCGAGUCGCCGAGACCUGUUACGCCGAAUGUCGUUUACGUGGGUGGCGUACACCUAAAACCUGCCAAAACCAUACCAGAAGUGAGUGAUGGAUAA